GUGAAGGAGACGCAAGUAUUGUUGUAUGUUCAUGUUGAUUUUGUCAGUCCAUCUAAAGUCCUGAUUGAGGAAAUUCUUUUAUUCAUCACUUUUAUCUGCUCCUUCAAAUCACACAGCAAUUGUGAUUCACCCCUGUAGUGAAACCACCUCCUCAGCGAUUCAACACAUGGUGAUUAUUUUCAUCACCCUACAAGUGAAGGAAAAAAGUGUUACCAUUGAACUCUACUGGCCUACUAUUUGAAAAAAUGAAUUUAGUUAAAGAGGAGAGUGAAGACAUCAGCAUUACAGAAUCAUGCAAAAUGGAAAAUGAAGAUACUGAAGAACAAAGAGACUUGAUAGAAGUGAAAGAGGAGAGUCAUGAAGUGAAAGAAGAGAGUCAAGAACUGAAGGAUGUGGAGGAGAAAAUUCAUGAUCAUAUAUUUUCUAAUUUUAUCACUGUUGAAGAAUCUUUCAGUGGCUCUAAGACUGAAAUUUAUUUCUCAUACAAAAGAACUCUAAGAACAAGAGACAAAAAAUCUUUCACAUGCCCUCACUGUGGAAAGAGUUUCACACAAAAAGGAAACCUUAAUGCUCACUUAAAACUUCACACUGAAGAGAAGCCUUUCACCUGCCUUCAGUGUGGAAAGAGUUUUGCACAUAAAAGAAAUGUUCACCGUCACAUGAGAAUUCACACUGGAGAGAAGCCUUUCACCUGCCUUCAGUGUGGAAAGAGUUUUGCACAUAAAAUAAUUCUUCACCAUCACAUGAGAAUUCACACCGGAGAGAAGCCGUUCACCUGCCUUCAGUGUGGAAAGAGUUUUGCACAUAAAAGAAAUCUUGACCGUCACAUGAGAAUUCACACUGGAGAGAAGCCUUUCACAUGCGUUCAGUGUGGAAAGAGUUUUGCAAAUAUAAGAAAUCUUCAGUAUCACAUGAGAAUUCACACUGGAGAGAAGCCUUUCACAUGCGUUCAAUGUGGAAAGAGUUUUGCAAAUAAAAAAUAUCUUCACUGUCACAUGAGAAUUCACACUGGAGAGAAGCCUUUCACAUGCCUUCAGUGUGGAAAGAGUUUUGCACAUAAAAGAAAUCUUCAGUGUCACAUGAGAAUUCACACCGAAGAGAAGCCUUUCACCUGCUCUCAGUGUGGAAAAUGUUUCGCUCAUAAAGGAGAUCUUCAGUAUCACAUGAGAAUUCACACUGGAGUGAAGCCUUUUACCUGCCUUCAGUGUGCAAAGAGUUUUGCACAUAAAAGAAAUCUUCACCGCCACAUGAGAAUUCACACCGGAGAGAAGCCGUUCACCUGCUCUCAGUGUGGCAAGAGUUUCAGAGUGAAAGGACAUCUUCAGUGUCACAUGAGAAUUCACACUGGAGAGAAGCCUUUCACUUGCUGUCAGUGUGGAAAGAGUUUCACGCAAGCAAGCCAUCUAACACUUCAUUUGCGCUCUCACACUGGCUUUAAGACAAUUAUGAAACCACCUCCUCAGCAAUUCAACAACACAUGUGGUGAUUAUUUUCAUCACCCUACAAGUGAAGAAGAAAAAAAACAAAACCCUCAAAGUGUUACCAUUAAACACUACUGGCAUACUAAUAAAAAAAUGAAUUUUGUUAAAGAGGAGAGUGAAGACAUCAGUAUUACAGAAUCAUGCAAAAUGGAAAAUGAAGAUACUGAGGAACAAAGAGACUUUGUAGAAGUGAAAGAGGAGAGUCAAGAAGUGAAAGAAGAGAGUCAAGAACUGAAGGAUGUGGAGGAGAAAAUUCAUGAUCAUACAUUUUAUAAUUUCCUCACUGUUGAAGAAUCUUUCAGUGGCUCAAAGACUGAAAAUAAUUUCUCACACAAAAGAACUCGAAGAACAAGAGCCAAAAAUUCUUCGACCUUCUCUCACUUUGGAAAGGGAUUCACACAAAAAAGAAACCUUAAUGCUCACUUAAAACUUCACACUGUAGAGAAGCCUUUCACCUGCAUUCAGUGUGGAAAAAGUAUUGCACAUAAAAGAAAUAUUGACCGUCACAUGAGAAUUCACACUGGAGAGAAGCCUUUCGCCUGCUCUCAGUGUGGAAAGAGUUUUGCAAAUAUAAGAAAUCUUCACUGUCACAUGAGAAUUCACACUGGACAGAAGCCUUUCACCUGCUCUCAGUGUGGGAAGAGUUUCGUAGAGAAAAGAAACUUUAACAAUCACUUAAAACUUCACACUGGAGAGAAGCCUUUCACCUGCCUUGAGUGUGGAAAGAGUUUCAUAGAGAAAAGAAACUUUAACACUCACUUAAAACUUCACACUGGAGUGAAGCCUUUCACCUGCCUUAAGUGUGGAAAGAGUUUUGCACAUAAAAGAAAUGUUCACCGUCACAUGAGAAUUCACACUGGAGAGAAGCCUUUCACCUGCUGUCAGUGUGGAAAGAGUUUUGCACAUAAAGAAGAUCUUCAGUAUCACAUGAGAAUUCACACUGGAGAGAAGCCUUUCACAUGCUCUCAGUGUGGAAAGAGUUUUGCACAUAAAAGAAAUCUUCACCAUCACAUGAUAAUUCACACUGGAGAGAAGCCUUUCACCUGCCUUCAGUGUGGAAAGAAUUUCAGAGUGAAAGGACAUCUUCACCGUCACAUGAGAAUUCACACCGGAGAGAAGCCUUUCACAUGCUCUCAGUGUGGAAAGAGUUUCAUAGAGAAAGGAAACUUUAACACUCACUUAAAAUGUCACACUGGAGAGAAGCCUUUCACCUGCCUUCAGUGUGAAAAGUGUUUUGCAAAUAAACAAAAUCUUCAGCGUCACAUGAGAAUUCACACCGGAGAGAAGCCUUUCACCUGCUCUCAGUGUGGAAAGAGUUUCACACAAGCAAGCCAUCUAACACUUCAUUUGCGCUCUCACUCUGGAUUUAAGCCAAUUAACUGAUCCGUGUGGCGAAACUUUUUCGGGUGCAUCACAACUAAAGAUACACAUGACAAGUCACAUAAAUGAGAAACGUCACGUGUGUUUUUUUUGUGUGGAAAGAGUUUUAUUACAUUAUCAAUCCUGAAAUUACAUGAGCGAGUGCAUACUGAAGACAAGCUGUACUGCUGUACUUGUGGGAAGAGUUUCAGCCAUUUAAGUAAUCUAAAUAACCAUCUAAUUCUCCAAAGUUGUCAAAAUAAACACCGUUAAUUCCAGGGACAACAUUUUUUGUGUUGUAAAUAAUACUGUCACAAUAAAUAUGUUUGAUUAAUUGAAAAUGUUUAAGAAAUUUUUUCUUCUGUUGUUACCAAAGUAUCCAAGUUGCCAAGUUAUCAUGAGUAACCAAUUUUCACAGAUACUGACUUUUCAUUCUGCUCCGUGUGAGUUUUAAACACUGGUUGGAGUAGGGAAAAACCUUUGCGAAGUUUCCGGCGGAGCAUUUUCUUGACACAUAAAGGUCACAUGUUCUUCGUUCUGUGGGUGCACUGUGUGACCAUUACCCAACUGUACACAUCCGGUCUGGAAUGCCAGCAUGUGGUGCAUCCGGAAAGUAUUCACAGCCCUUCACUUUUUCCACAUUAUCUUGUUACAGCCUUAUUCCAAAAUGGAUUAAAUUCAUUAUAUUCCUCAAAAUUCUACUAACA